GCGGCCCCGGCGCAAGAUGGCGGCGGAGCGUCAGGGAGGCGGCGGCGGCCGCGGGGCCGGAGCGGAGGAGAACAAGGACCACAAGGACGGCAAGGACAACAAGGAAAACGAGCGGCCGGCGGGGCCGCAGCCCGGCGGCCUCGGCGACAGCCUGGGCCUGGAGAUCCUGCAGAUCGUGAAGGAGUCACAGCAGCAGCACGGCCUGAGGCAUGGGGACUUCCAGAGAUACAGGGGUUAUUGCUCCCGCAGGCUGAGGCGGCUCCGCAAAACUCUCAACUUCAAGAUGGGCAACAGGCACAAGUUCACUGGGAAGAAAGUGACUGAAGAGAUUCUCUCAGACAACAGGUAUUUGCUGCUGAUCCUGAUGGAUGCAGAGAGGGCCUGGAGCUACGCCAUGCAGCUGAAGCAGGAGGCCAACACGGAGCCUCGCAAGCGCUUCCAUUUGCUCUCGCGGCUGCGCAAGGCUGUGAAACACGCUGAGGAGCUGGAGAGGCUCUGUGAGAGCAACAGGGUGGAUGCCAAGACAAAACUGGAAGCUCAGGCAUACAUGGCUUAUCUCACCGGGAUGCUUCGCUUCGAGCACCAGGAGUGGAAGGCAGCAAUGGAGGCUUUCAACAAGUGCAAGACCAUCUAUGAAAAGCUGGCCAAUGCUUUCACAGAAGAACAAGCUGUGCUGUACAACCAGCGUGUGGAGGAGAUCUCGCCCAACAUCCGCUACUGUGCCUACAACAUUGGUGACCAGUCUGCCAUGAAUGAGUUGAUGCAGAUGAGACUGAGGUCUGGUGGCACUGAAGGUCUUCUUGCAGAAAAACUGGAGGCACUGAUCACCCAGACUCGGGCAAAGCAGGCAGCCACGAUGAGUGAGGUGGAGUGGAGAGGGAGAACUGUCCCAGUGAAGAUUGACAAAGUGAGGAUCUUCCUGCUGGGGCUGGCUGACAACGAGGCAGCAAUUGCUCAGGCAGAAAAUGAGGAGACAAAAGAACGUUUGUUUGAGUCUUUACUCAGUGAGUGCAGAGAUGCCAUUCAGGCUGUUCGGGAAGAAUUGAAACCAGACCAGAAGCAGCGAGAACACUCUCUGGAAAAUGAUUCUGGGAAAGUGUCCAACAUCCAAUACUUACACAGUUAUUUGACCUACAUCAAGCUGUCCACAGCCAUCAAGCGCAACGAGAGCAUGGCCAAGUCCCUGCAGAAGGCCCUGCUGCAGCAGCAGCGCUCGGACGAGGACGGCAAGCGCUCGCCGCGGCCGCAGGACCUCAUCCGCCUCUACGACAUCAUCCUGCAGAACCUUGUGGAACUGACACAACUUCCUGGCCUGGAAGAGGACAAGAACUUCCAGAAGGAGAUUGGAUUGAAGACACUCGUGUACAAAGCUUACAGGUGUUUCUUCAUUGCCCAGUCCUAUGUCCUGGUAAAGAAAUGGAGUGAAGCCCUUGUGUUGUACGAGAGGGUGCUGAAAUACGCCCGUGAGGUUCAGUCGGGAGCUGGAGCUCACAGGAACAGCCUGAAGGAGCUGCCUGAUGUUCAGGAUCUCAUCACUCAAGUCAAUGCAGAGAAGUAUUCCUUGCAAGCAGCAGCUAUUUUAGAUGCAAAUGAUCCUCAUGAGACUGAGUCUCCAUCUCAGGUCAAGGAUGGCAAGCCACUCUCAGAACGGUUUGAGACUUUCUGCCUGGAUCCUUCCCUGGUCAGCAAGCAAGUCAACCUCGUGCACUUCCCACCAGGAUUCCAGCCCAUUCCAUGCAAACCCUUGUUCUUUGACCUGGCCCUUAACCAUGUUGCUUUCCCACCUCUGGAGGACAAGGUGGAGCAGAAGGCCAAGAGUGGCCUCACAGGAUAUAUAAAGGGCAUUUUUGGAUUCAAAAGUUAACCAGGAACCCCAGAGGAACAGAGGUUUUAUUCUGUAUUGAAGGAAAAGCUCCAGGAGGUUCUAGGACACAAAUAUCUGCACCAGAAACCAACAGAGGGAAGUUUUGCCAUCUUCUCCCCUGUGUCCUGUGUUUGUCUGUGCCCCACACAUUCUUUCCCAGUGUAUUAAAGACAAACAAUUACUCAGAAACAAACAUACACUAUAAAUAGCUGAAAAUAACCUGGAGCACAGAGAAAUUCCUUUCUGCUUGGAGAAGUUUGUGAUCAGUGGCCUGUCCAGUGCUGGAACACAUCUACUUACCAUGGAUCAGGGCAUAGAAAUAAUUUGAUUCCUGCCUCUGCCCCAUUAUUUGGCACUAUAAUUUGGUUUUUUUUGAUCAAGAAAUUGGGGUGUAAUUGGGAAACAGAGGCAGAAGUAGAUGCAGAACUAAACCAGCAAGGUGAGGCUCUCACACAAUGGCUGUGGAACAGUAGCCAAGGGGGCAACUUCUCCUUCCCUUCCAACCCAGAAGUCUCUAUAUUUUUUAAGAAUGUAACAUUCAGAAAUGACAAAAUAGAGCCUCUUUCCUUAUCAGUAAGGAUGGCAAAUGUCAAAUGUUGAUGGUUAUUUCUGCUGUGGUGGGUGGUGAAUUUGUACUCUGGGCCAAUAGCACCCUUCUUUAUUCAUCCACACACUUUGUUAAAUACCUAAAUACAGUAUAGAACCUAUUCCUGAAAGUAUUUUCCUGGGAAAACAGCUUCAUGGGUGGCUUUAGAAAUAGCUACUUGCUCUUCUUGGGAAGUUGGGUCUCUUGGUGUUCGUUUUGUCUCUGAUCUAAACCUUGUCUGAAAACAAGAUGAUCUUUUUCUGGAGUUCAUCUAUUGCUUUGUUUCUUGUCCCUGGUCAGUAGCUACUCCUGAAAUAAGGGAUGAGGAACAGGAGACCAGUAGGUUUGUGAGUGAUAAUUCAUCUCUGUCGUGCCAGACAGCAUUUUUUAUAAAGCACCCAGGUGCCACGGGGAUGGGCACUUUGAAAGUGCAGGUAAUUUCAUAAUUGUGAUCACUUCAACAGGAAAAAAUCCCACAGCACAUGGGCAGAAAUGUUCCUAAAUAAAACAUUUGGAAGAUUCCACCA